ACGAUAACGAUCUGCCAAACAACAAAAUUUAUUUGCCUUCAUACAAGUGCAGUCCUACUUAAAAUUAUAAAUAUUGCAGUAAUUGUAUGUAUAAUAUAUAACUGCAACCGAUGUCCGAUAUUUCUUUGGAAGCGAAUCACGAAGCCGUUAAAGAAGAGCAACCGCCGCCCAAAAUACCGGAUUCCGUAAAGAAGAUAAUUGCAAUGGAGAAAGAAACGGACACAAAUGCUAGUCGGAAAUCCCGCAUAGAUCUGAAUGCAUUACCAACAAGGCAAUACUUGGACCAGACUGUGGUUCCCAUACUACUCCAGGGGCUCUCGGCGCUGGCCAAAGAGCGCCCACCAGAUCCUAUUAACUACCUGGCUGCUUACUUGAUGAAAAAUAAGGCUACUUUUGAAAAUAACAAUGCUGCGUCAAAUAACAAUCCUCCAGCAAAUGCUCAAACUUAAGUAUUAUUGUAAUAAAUUUAUGUUGUGGCAACAU